CACGGAAACAUUUCUGCGAGCAAUGCCGGACGUUUUGGGCAUUAUCAGUGCGGUUAUCGGCACGUCGGGUCUGCUGGGAAAUUUCGUGGUGUGUGUCGUCAUAUGGCGCAUUCCGCACAUGCACACAGUGACCAAUGCUUGCUUGUUUAAUCAAGCCGUCGCGGAUUUCUUCGGAUCAUUGAUUUUCAUGCUCGUUUUCAACAUCCCGACUUUGGAGGUUUUACCGAAGGGGGCCUGGGGCUGGCUGUAUUGCUACCUAUGGGAAUCGGAGAGCGUCAUGUGGAUGUUUCUCUUCACCUCCGCCAUGAGUCUCGUGCUGGUAACCCUGGAGCGGUAUCUAGCGAUAGUGUAUCCAUUCAAGUACCGUUCACUCUUUGCGCGGCGCUGGGUACCAGCGGUGGGGAUCGCCGCGACAUGGCUCGUCGGCAUCAGUAUGGGGCUGUGCAUCUUCGCGUUGAUUGACUUCUCUGAGCGUGACAAUAAGUGCAAGGUAGCUUUACCGACGCCCACGGGGCACCGGCUAAACAAUCUCGUCCAGGCCAGCAAUGUGGUCACUUUCUUCAUCCCGGCCUGGACCAUGCUCUUCGCGUACAUCCACAUGGCCGUCGUGCUCAAGCGGGGCGCCAGGCAAACUGAACCGGUGUCCGUCAGAACGGUCGUGAUGACCCACAUCCGGAGCGACAGGGCCAGAUCGCCCGAGUCAUCUUCUGGCGAGCACAUCCCCGAAACCCAAGGGGACUCGCUCCUCCGCGCUCGCCGCAACGUCAUCAAAGCCCUCGUCCUAGUCUGCUUGGCCUAUUUCAUCUGCUGGUUGCCGAACACCGUCAUGCUGGCUGCUCACAUACCCGGCCUACCCUACAGCAUAGCUACUGUUCUGGCCGCUACCAACUCCUGCCUUAAUCCUGUCAUCUACACCAUUAAGUACAGCUCAUUCAGGAAGGGUCUCAAGCUGCUGAUUUGUGGAAAGACCUCAACAACUGUGCACAAUGACCAUGAGUAGAGCGUAUGAGUGGGGGAGUGUGGCCUGGUGGUCAGGA